AUGUAUUGGACAGACUGGGAGGAAGAUGAAAUAGAUGCCAGCGUGGGGAGGAUUGAGAAGGCCUGGAUGGAUGGCUCCAGCCGGCAGGUUUUUGUCACAUCAAAGAUGCUCUGGCCAAAUGGUUUAACUCUGGACUACCGAGCCAAUGUGCUGUACUGGUGUGAUGCCUACUAUGAUCACAUUGAAAGGAUCUAUUUGAAUGGGACUGACAGAAAGGUAGUCUACAAUGGAAAAGAUUUGAAUCAUCCUUUUGGACUGUCACAUCAUGGAAAUUAUAUAUACUGGACAGAUUACAUGAAUGGGUCAAUUUUCCAGUUGGAUCUGGUAUCAAGGAACGUGACACUGUUAAGAAGUGAGAGGCCACCCUUGUUCGGGCUCCAGAUUUAUGAUCCACGCAAACAGCAAGGUGAUAAUGCCUGUCGUGUUAAUAAUGGAGGCUGCAGCACUCUUUGUUUGGCCAUUCCUGGAGGCAGAGUUUGUGCCUGUGCUGAUAAUCAGCUUUUGGAGGAAAACAGCACAACCUGCAUGAUUAAGGAGGGAGAAGUGCUGUCCCAGCUGUGCAAGGCGGAGCAGUUCCAGUGCAGCAACAAGCGCUGCAUCCAGGAGCGCUGGCGCUGCGACGGGGACGACGACUGCCUGGACGGCAGCGACGAGCACUCUGACAUCUGCUUCAAUCACAGUUGUCCUGAUGAUCAGUUUAAGUGCCAAAAUAAUCGCUGCAUUCCCAAGAGGUGGCUUUGUGAUGGAGCUAAUGAUUGUGGGAAUAACGAAGACGAAUCAAACAAAACUUGUGCAGCAAGAACGUGUCAGGUUAAUCAGUUUCCUUGUGGGAAUGGUCGGUGUAUCCCAACGUCAUGGCUGUGUGACAGGGAGGAUGACUGUGGAGAUGGAACUGAUGAAAUGACAUCCUGUG